CCGUUUUUACCUUCUUCCCAUCUUCUUCAUCUGUUGAUCUCCUCUAUUCUAAAUUCUUUGCCAUCACUUCCAUCUCCUUCUUUCGGUCUCUUUUCUUUUUCAUUCUCACCCAAUUGGAACAAUUUACCUUAUCCAGAUCUUGCUGCUGUAUUGAAGCUCAAUUUCUUAACAUCAAUUCCAAAUCCUGUGGUGUGCAUCAAUCUUCAAUCGGAAACUGUGACAUUGUGUUGGGCAUACAAUGGUUAGAAACCUUGGGAGACAUUCUCUGGAAUUUAAGUCUCUCAAAAUGGAGUUUACUUUUGAAGGGCACAAGUUUGUACUAAGGGGAACAUCUCAAGUGAAUAUGGCACCUGUUGACAACAAGGGAAUGAGUAAGUUGUUGAAAGGGACUUCCUCUAUUGAUUCUAAUCAACUUUACAGUGUAAAAGUGAGGAUGUGUUUGCCUAGCCAUGAUGAGGUAAACUCAUUCGGGCCUACAGUCCAAUGGAACAAGAUGGAAGCAAUUUGUCCAGAAUUCAAUAGUUUAUUGCAAAAGUACCAAGACAUCUUUGAAGAACCAAAGUCCUUGUCACCCCAUAGGACUCAUGAUCAUAGAAUUUUGGUUAAGGAAGGAGCAGAACCUAUGAAUGUGAAGCCCUACUAUUAUGCUAGUGUGCAGAAAGAUAUCAUUAAGCAGUUGACCAGAGUGAUGUUGGCCUCUAGCAUUAUUCAACAUAGCAUGAGUCCCUUCUUUUCUCUUGUGAUAUUGGUUAAAAGGAAAGACGAAACAUGGCAAUUUUGUGUGGAUUGCAGGGAGCUCAACAAGCAAACUAUUAAGGACAAAUAUCCAAUUCCCUUAAUUAAAGAACUCUUAGAUGAAUUACAAGGAUCAACCAUCUAUUCCAAAAUAGAUCUACAAGCUGGCUACCACCAAAUAAGAAUGCAUCCUGAUAAUAUGCCAAAAACAGCCUUUAAAACACAUAAAGGUCAUUAUGAGUAUUUAGUAAUGCCAUUCAGCCUUACUAAUGCACUAGCUACCUUCCAGUCCUUAAUGAAUGAGGAACAAAUGGAACAUUUGAAGGCGUUCCAGCUAUUAAGGGCUAACAAAUUGUUUGCUAAGACUAGUAAAUGCUCCUUUGGUAGUCGCAAAGUAGAGUACUUGGGCCAUUAUAUUUCAGCAGAAGGAGUUGCCCCAAACCCCAACAAGGUUGAGGCAGUGAAGAAUUGGCCUAUUCCCCAAUCGGUGAAAGCCUUCAAAGGAUUCCUAGGCCUUACAAAUUAUUAUCGUCAGUUUGUGAAGAAUCAUGGUGGUAUUAGUAAGCCACUCACUAAUUUAUUGAAGAAGGAAGCAUUUACUUGGAAUGAGCAAGCCACUCAUGCCUUCAAAUCCUUGAAAGAAGCCAUGACAACUGCACCUGUGCUUGCCUUACUUGACUUUUCUCAAGAAUUUGUAGUAGAAACAGAUGCUUGCGGAUGGGGAAUUGGUGUAGUACUAAUGCAGAAAGGGCACCCUAUUGCUUAUAUCAGUAAAUCAUUAUCUUUAAAAAAUCAAGCCUUGUCAAUAUAUGAGAAAGAGCUAUUGGCUUUGAUCUAUGUAGUUAACCAAUGGACUCACUACCUCUUUGAAAGGCCUUUCGUUGUCAAAACUGAUCAUGAAAGUUUAAAGUACUUGCUAGAAUAGUGAAUCCAUACCACAUUGCAAUAGACUUGGUUAGCCAAA